AUGUCUGAUCACAUGUACGUACGUAUGUGUCAGUAUCUGGGACCUGGCAUUGGCAUUGGCAUUGGCAUUGGUCUGUACAAGAUGUACUUCAAUUGUUCUUCUGCCACCCUUAGUCCAGCUCGUUCUUUAUUUCCUCUUGAAAAUUUAUUUUUGCCUUCUUUGGCUGCCCGUGUUCAUCAUCCAGAAAGACCAUGA